AUGGGUGCUGCUGGCAAUGGCAGCAACCCAUACUGUUCACAUGUUGGAGAAAGAGAUGACAAAAGUAGUGACAUAAAAUUAGGUCCAGAUUUUACUGCAGCUGAAAUGCAAGCGAGUCCUGUCAAUGGUGAUUUAUCUUUGAUUCAUGUGAAACUGGAGCAGUCAUGGUUAAGUGUACAAGCAUUCAUUGCUGAGCAUGUGACCCCUAAGGAUAUUGAUUUGGAUUGGAGCAAGGAGGUUGUUGUUGGGCUGGAUGGCUUCAGAUAUGUAGGCUGCAAUGACCUAAGAGAUGUUGUACUGAAUAGUUUGCACAUGUUCUUCAAGACUGCAGUUGAUAUCUUGUCCUGUCAAGGGUACACUGAGGAUGCUGUUGUAAAUGCUGUCGUGGACUCUGCACUCUGUUAUCAGUUUGAUGGACCUAUCACUAAGAUCGCUGAGCAUGCACGCACAUUGCUACAGAGUGGCAACCAUUUGGUUGAUCAUUCCUACAGUGAGAAUGUUGACACGGUUCUGCACAUGUUGGCUCGUGCAGCUUUUGCUCCCAUGAGUGGUUAUGGGAAUGGACAAUCAGAUGGCUAUGCUCAUUGUCAGAGUGACUUAUGUGAAGGUCGUGAGAGUGUAAAUGAGUUAUCAGAAGAAUAUAGUUGCAGUGCCACAGAAUCGCCUGCACUAUUCGAGCCACCUCAAUCUGAAGCAAUAGAAAUGACGUGGAGCAAUUUUCUGACAAAUUAUAUAGUUUCAUUUCAAAAGUUUGGAGGGAAAAACCAAGGUGCUCCUUCUGCUCAAGAUGAAAAUUCUCCUUCAGUGCCUAGGGCUGUUAACAAAAAGGAAACUAAAGGCAAGCGUAGUAAGACAAAUUCCAUGAAAUCUCAGAAAGACUCAGGGAAGGAUUUGGUCGUUUUCAAGAACAUCCCACAAGUCAAGGGUAUUAUAAGUAAAACAUCAUUAAGAAUGCUAAAAGAGAAUAAAACAUUAACGGCGUUCCUUGCAUCUGCGCAUAGCACUUUGGCAGGCACUUCAGAGGUAGCCAGUGAAAGGGACUCACAAACAUCCAUGUUAGUUCCAACUAAACCUCGUUCUGGAUCUUUCUCGGUCAAAAAAGGAUAUUCUCCAGCAGUGGUUUCAAUUGGAUCACUUUCUUAUCCUCCUAGCUGUUCCUCCAACUCAUCAUCUAGUGCAAUGGGCAAGGCAGAGCCUAGGCAGCGAAUGGAACCUGGUGUUGUACACUUCUCUCUCCCAAAUACUCCUGCAGAGGGCUUUGAAUUUCAUUUCUCACGUGAAGGCUUGCAGACCACUUGGGUUCCAAAAGAUAGAAAAGAGGAGCUAGCUCUAAAACUAGUCCAGCGCUUGGGUGAGUUAAAGCUGGAGGUGCAAGUUUGGACAGAUUGGGCUAAUGAGAGGGUGAUGCAGUCAACAAAUAGGCUGGUAAAUGAAAGGACUGUACUUUUCUCUCUUAAAAAGGAUAAGGCAGACUUUGAAGAGCCUAAUGUGUUUACAAGAAAGAGGCUUGAGGAGACACAAAGGGCAAUAGACAGUACUUCUUGUGAGCUUGAUCGUGUUAAUUCCCUUGUCCAGGAGCUUACAGAUAAGAUUUCGCUUUGUAGGCAUGGAAGAAAGCUGUCCAGCUACAGGGAGAGCAAUCUGAUGCAAGUUUGGCUAGCAUUUUAA